AGUUCAAACACUGCCCACAACAAGCGGAUUUCCACCCUCACCAUAGAGGAGGGGAAUCUGGACAUUCAGAGACCAAAGAGAAAGAGGAAGAACUCACGGGUGACUUUCAGUGAGGAUGAUGAGAUCAUCAACCCAGAGGAUGUGGACCCCUCCGUUGGUCGCUUCCGGAACAUGGUACAGACAGCAGUGGUCCCGGUCAAGAAGAAGCGGGUGGAGGGCCCUGGCUCCCUGGGCCUGGAGGAAACGGGGGCCCGGCGCAUGCAGAACUUUGCAUUCAGUGGAGGACUCUACGGGGGCCUGCCCCCCACGCACAGUGAAGCCGGCUCCCAGCCUCAUGGCAUCCACGGGACAGCACUGAUUGGUGGCUUACCCAUGCCAUACCCCAACCUUGCCCCGGACGUGGACUUGACUCCCGUCGUGCCAUCAGCAGUGAACAUGAACCCUGCACCAAACCCCGCAGUCUACAACCCCGAAGCUGUCAACGAACCCAAAAAGAAGAAAUAUGCAAAAGAAGCUUGGCCGGGCAAGAAGCCCACGCCAUCCUUACUGAUUUGAUAUUUUUGGUCAUGGAGAAGGGUGGGAUGGGGUGGGAUUGGGGUGAAGGGUAAUGGGGGAGUUAAUGAACUAGGGAGAAAAACUUUCCAUGUGUGCAGUAUCGUCUUUCAGACGUCUCCUGGGGUCCUAACCAUGUACUAUUAAAACGGGGGGUGGGUUGAAAUAUCCUGUGAAGACCUGUCUUCAGGACACUUUCAGCGUGGAGAAGUGUUUCACGUUUUCCUUUCAAGAGACUGCCCUGGCUCUU